ACCCUACUUUGGUUUGGCACAAUUGAAUUAUGCCAUGAUUGACGGUGCCCUUAUUAAUUGGUCCCUCUCCUCCAAACCCCAACUGGGUAUCGCAAAGUUUCCAAAUUGAAUGCAAAAACAGAAACUUCUUCCUCAAAUGCCUUCUGGGUCGCUCUUCUUUCUAUCCAGAUUACGAAGAUUUCGGUCGCCAGUGAGGUUGUGAUUCAAGUGCUAUUUUAGCAUUUUUUUUUUUACCUGGACGGUAAGGGUCAACUUGCAUGCACAUGUUAGUGAAAAACCACAAUAAGGGGGAUGGAUCUAAGUCCCUGGCCGAUACACUGGCGAAAUGGAAAGAAUAUAAUGCCUGGCUGGAGUCUAACAAUGAAGCUGAGAAGCCGGUUAGGAAGGUCCCUGCCAAGGGAUCAAAGAAAGGAUGUAUGAAAGGCAAAGGAGGACCUGAGAACUCGCGCUGUAAUUACAGAGGAGUUAGGCAAAGGACAUGGGGAAAAUGGGUUGCUGAAAUCCGAGAGCCAAACAGAGGAAGUAGGCUCUGGUUGGGUACUUUUCCCACUGCCAUUAGCGCUGCUCUUGCUUAUGAUGAAGCAGCGAUGGCAAUGUAUGGUUUCUGUGCACGCCUCAACUUUCCCAAUGUUCAAGUUUCAACUUUUUCCGAGGAACCGUCUAGAAAUUCUCCAGCUGCUGCUUACCAGUCAAGAAAUUCUCCAUCUGCUAAAGAAUCCGGUUCUGCGUUGGUGAUAUUAGAGAGGUCUGAGUGCAUGAUGUUGUGGAACAAUUCUGGUGGAGAUGCAGCAGAGGAUGAUGGCAUGGAAGACCUUUCCUUAUCCUUAAGUGUGAAACAUGAGGAAGGGGAGGAUGAAUCAGGGACCAGUUCUUCCUAUCUUUCAUUGUCUUGAUGUAUGGUUUGCAUACUCUGAUUUGGCCGUGGCUGGAAAUCAUAGCCUUCAUAGAGGUGGAUGAUUAGCUUAGGAUGAACGAAUCUUGAUAUUAGUACCUGGAGAUUAGCUGUUGUAAAAUUGACUUGGUUGAGAAGUGUUCCAUUCUUCAGGAAUUGACCUAAUGCAAUCUGGAUAUCCAGUCAAGUUGUAAGAUGUGAAAUGUAUUUUGCCUUGCAUGAUAGAUGACUAGUUUAUUGUGUCUAUUUUACAUUGGAUAAUGUUAUCUAGUCUUUGUUUCCCUGCUAGUGUGGGUUAUUGAUUUUCUAC